UGACCCUCAGAAGAGAAAUGUGCGUGUUCAGCUCUCACAGCGGUAAACUCGCUGACAUCACAGUGUCCCGCGCAGGUGGAGGACACCACGCGCUGCUUCUGGGGCUUGUGUUACACCUCCAGAUACCGCUGUGAGGAACCCACGGGGAGGGAGAGGAAAAAUAGCGGACAACUCAUUUCUCUCUAACACCCUUGGAAGCUGUGGAGCUGUGAGCCAGAAAAGAGUCGACUGUGGGACUGGCUGGGAUUGAAUAUAUGCUCAUGCCGGUAAGUGUGUGUGUGUGAGCUGAUAUUAGCAACCCCAUUGGUAUUCAGCGGAGGGAGCUCCAGGAUCUCGCUGCGCCUUUCCCCAGGAUGGGAUCACAGAGCGGGGAUUGUGCUCGCCUGUGAAGAACCCGUUGAAAUGGAUCUGAAGCCUUGCAGAGAUGGACACCAAAUGGGCAGCGUGGAAGCCAACAUCCACCCUCCAGCGACAAGCUUUCCACACCUAACCGCCUCCACCAUCUCCAGCAUUCAGCUCGAACCAUCCCAGCGAGGCCUGAACCUGCAGAGUUGAGGCCGGACAAGCAAGACUGAGAUACCAGACGCCGUCUACAGGAAGUAGAGAAAAGCAGAGCCUCAGAGGAGUUGACUUACAACAAACCAAUCAACCUGUUGAGCAUAUACGAUUGAGCAACUUGGACUUCAUCUGAAAUGAAAUAAGCUGCAGUGAUGCUUGAGCAAUGGCAUGGAGCUUUCGGACAUGUCCGGAUUUAUCGCCCGGAUAUCCUGUCGAGAUUUCGACACUUUUGUGCACACCUCAGAGCUGGGCCACUUUUCCAAAUUGGCUUGUGGGCAAAAGCGAGUAAUUGAAAAUCUCCCCUCGAGAGGUUCUCUGUUCUGAUUUGUUGUGGGGGAGGAGGUCUAUUUUUCUUUUCUUUUUUAAAGGAACAAUUAAAAAAAACAAACAUUAUCCCACAUUUCCCCCUUUUUUUGCUUUUCACCAUCUUUCUCACACAUGGCAGAGAAAUACAUUAUGAAGCAGCACCAUUCUUCUUCAGCCUCCCUCGGUGACGGAGAGAGAGGAGGGACAUACUGUCCAGAAUAGAUAACGAGCAAGCAGACUGGCACUGAGGAAAGCAGAAGGGGGGAAAAAGCAGAAAAUAGAAAUAAACAGAUAAAGAGAGAAAGAAGAAGAGGAAAAAUAUAGAAUUGAGACUGUUCGAAAUCCUCUAGGAGACUUAGAGUCUCUUUCUAAUUCGCCUGUUGGAGGCCAGUUAUCGCAAUGGGGAGGGUUGGGAUUUACACCAGGGGGGGCACUUGAGCAGGAGAGUAGGGUUAUGUCCCCCCUGUACCUGCCUGGUCUGUAUCUCAGUGUUUGGCAGGAAGACAGACUGAAAGAUGGUCCAGUAAACGGACAGCUAUACUGACAGAAAAGCUCUGAGGCUGCUAAGACAGACAGACAGGAAAGCAGACGGACGGGAAGACGGGUACACAGCCUAUUCCAAGUGUCAGGCAGAGAGCCAGUGCCGGCACAGUAGACAGCGUGCGGUUCAUUGUCAUUCUAUGCAGUGUGUGAGGAAGAGACAGAGAGAAGGAAAGAAAGCAAAGACAGAAAUAAAUAAGAGGAGCAUCCCCGUGUUUGUAGCUUCUGGUGAAUCUUACUCCAUCUGCAUCCACCUCAGUCAGUUCGGUGGCAAGCCCAUGCACUAGAAAAACAGGCUGGGAGGGAGGGGGCUGUUACUAGAAAGGAAAUACAGGUUGGAGAGAGAGCGAGUGAGGGAAGCAGAGAAACAGAGGGAGAGAGCAGGUGUCGGAAAUCCUCCCCUUCAUCUGCUUGUCAUUUACUCCUUUAUGUUCUCUCGUCGUCUGGCGAGGUGAUUGGUUUUCUGAUGCCGGCGUUCCUCUGCUCAUAGGCCGGCCACCAUCCAGAGAAAAACAAGAGGUCGGCAGACAGAGGGAAGCAAAAACAAAGACAGCAUAAAAGGAAAGGUGGAGCCCCUUUUUGAUUGACUAAUUUUUCACCCCUUUCUUUUCUUAUUUGUCAAGACGGGCUGCUGUUUUUCCCCCCCGCUUUUUUUUCUUAAAGUAAGAGAUAGAAAGAAGAAAAACACCGGCCCAAUCAAUCCCUCAUUUUCUCUGCACACAGAGUUGAACCUCUCCUUUCAUCAAUUGUUGAUUUUUCUCGCCUUGAUCUAAAGGGAUUAUUUUCUCCAUCUGAGUAUAAACAUUGGAAUCCUCAGAUUCCCUCUAUAGGUCCUCACCCCCAAUGACAAAGUGUGAACCCCUUUGACUCCCCCACGGCAUCCCCCCCUCGGCUGAAGUGCUAAAACCCUGUGGUCUCAGAUCUCCAUGCCUGUGUUGACUCACUACUACAGCGAUAACAUGGCACAGCGCUUCUGAUACCAUCUGAUUCAUUCUGUGGUGGUACAGGCAGCCAGCAGACCAUUCUCCAUGAGGAGCAGUAGAAGAUGCCGGCUCUGCCAGCACUGCUGCUGUCAAUACACUUCCUCUUCUUCCUGCUAGUCACCAUGCCGCCACGCUCCCUCAGUCAGGCCCCUUUGCUCUCCUCCGUCCGCAUGGCGGCAAUCCUGGAUGACCAGUCUGUGUGCGGGCGUGGGGAGCGGCUGGCGCUGUCCCUGGCCAGAGAGAACAUCAACAGCGCGUUGGAGGGUCCGGCCCGAGCCAGAGUGGAGGUGGACAUAUACGAGCUGCAAAAAGACUCCCAGUACGACACUACUGACACCAUGUGUCAGAUUCUACCCAAGGGCGUCGUCUCUGUGAUAGGUCCCGCCUCCAGCCCCGCCUCCGGCUCUACCGUCAGUCACAUAUGUGGAGAGAAGGAGAUCCCUCACGUAAAGAUCGGUCCGGAGGAAACUCCCCGCUUGCCGUACCUGCGAUUUGCCUCUGUCACUCUGUACCCUAGCAACGAGGACCUGAGCCUGGCCAUAGGAGCCAUCUUGCGCUCGUUCAGUUUCCCCUCAGCCAGCCUGGUCUGUGCCAAGGCUGAGUGCCUGCUGAGAUUGGAGGAACUGGUCCGCCGCUUUCUCAUCUCUCGGGAUACGCUGUCAAUCAGGAUGCUGGAUGACAACCUGGACCCUACGCCGCUGCUGAAGGAGAUCCGUGACGACAAAGUGGCCACCAUCAUCAUUGAUGCAAACGCUUCUGUCUCCUAUCUCAUCCUCAAGAAGGCUUCAGAACUGGGGAUGACGUCAGCAUUUUAUAAGUACAUCCUCACCACAAUGGACUUCCCACUCCUGAGACUGGAUGAUAUAGUGGAUGAUCAGUCCAACAUUGUGGGGUUCUCCAUGUUUAACACCACCCAUCCCUUCUAUUUGGAGUUCAUCAGGAGCCUCAAUCUGUCCUGGAGGGAGGGAUGUGACCUAACGUACCCCGGCCCUGCGCUCUCGUCGGCGCUGAUGUUUGAUGCGGUGCAUGUGGUGGUGGGGGCGGUGAGGGAAUUGAACCGCAGUCAGGAAAUCGGAGUGAAGCCGCUCAGCUGCUCCUCACCUCAGAUCUGGCAACACGGGACCAGUCUGAUGAACUACCUGCGCAUGGUGGAGUACGAUGGUCUGACAGGGCGUGUUGAGUUCAACAGCAAAGGGCAGAGGACCAACUACACCCUGCGGAUCCUGGAGAAACACAGAGGAGGUCACAAAGAGAUCGGCGUCUGGUUCUCCAACAACACGCUGGCAAUGAACUCCACCAGUCUGGACAUCAACGUCUCGGAGACGCUGGCCAACAAGACCCUCAUUGUCACCACCAUACUGGAGAACCCAUAUGUGAUGCGCAGAGACAACUACCAGGAUUUUCAGGGCAACGAUCAGUACGAGGGCUUCUGUGUCGACAUGCUGAAGGAGCUGGCAGACAUCUUGAAAUUCUCCUUCAAAAUCAAGCUGGUGGAUGAUGGGCUGUAUGGAGCUCCAGAGCCCAACGGCUCUUGGACUGGCAUGGUUGGAGAGUUAAUCAACAGGAAAGCAGAUCUGGCCGUUGCCGGCUUCACCAUCACAUCAGAGAGAGAGAAAGUUAUCGACUUCUCUAAGCCGUUCAUGACCCUGGGGAUCAGCAUCUUGUACAGAGUUCAACUGGGUCGGAAGCCGGGUUACUUCUCCUUCCUCGAUCCCUUCUCUCCCGCCGUCUGGCUCUUCAUGCUGCUCGCCUACCUGGCUGUCAGCUGUGUGCUCUUCCUGGCUGCAAGGCUGAGCCCCUAUGAGUGGUACAACCCUCACCCGUGUCUGCGAGAGCGCAGAGACAUGCUGGAGAACCAGUACACGCUGGGAAACAGCCUGUGGUUCCCUAUCGGAGGCUUCAUGCAGCAGGGAUCAGAGAUAAUGCCCAGAGCCCUGUCCACCAGAUGUGUGAGCGGAGUGUGGUGGGCGUUCACCCUGAUCAUCAUCUCCUCCUACACGGCCAACCUGGCUGCCUUCCUGACCGUCCAGAGGAUGGAGGUCCCCAUCGAGUCUCCGGACGACUUGGCCGACCAGACCAACAUCGAGUACGGCACCAUCCACGGAGGGAGCACCAUGACCUUCUUCAUGAACUCACGUUACCAGACCUACCAGCGGAUGUGGAACUACAUGAACUCCAAGCAGCCCAAUGUAUUUGUGAAAAGCACGGAGGAGGGCAUCGCACGCGUGGUCAACUCCAAGUACGCCUUCCUGAUGGAGAGCACCAUGAACGAGUACCACCGCGGCCUCAACUGUAACCUCACAAAGAUCGGAGGCCUGCUGGACACCAAAGGCUACGGCAUCGGCAUGCCAUUGGGGUCUCCGUUCAGAGAUGAGCUCACGCUGGCCAUCCUCCAGCUGCAGGAAAAUAACAGGCUGGAGAUACUGAAGAGGAGGUGGUGGGAGGGAGGCCAAUGCCCCAAAGAGGAGGACCACCGUGCCAAGGGUCUGGGCAUGGAGAACAUUGGGGGCAUCUUUGUGGUGCUGAUCUGUGGCCUCAUCAUUGCUGUGUUUGUGGCCAUUAUGGAGUUCGUGUGGUCGACACGCCGCUCUGCGGAGACCGAUGAGGUGUCUGUCUGUCAGGAGAUGAUCACAGAGUUCCGAAACGCCGUCUCCUGUAAGAAGAGCUCCCGUAUGCGCCGCCGUCGACCCCUCAGCAGCUCAGCAACCCUGCGCCACCCCACACGCAUAGCUCUGGGGGCUCCGCGCCCGCUGCGCCUGGUCCGGGAGAUGCGCCUCAGCAAUGGCAAGCUGUACAGUGGAGCUGGCCCGCUGACGGGUGGAGCUGGAGGAGGUGGAGCAGGAGGGACGGGGCUACCUGAUCUGGGCCCUGGUCCCCAGCGGAUCCUAGAUGAUCCACUGGGAGCCAACACCACCCCUCCUCCACCAGCCCCUACCCCUGUGAUGCUGCCCGCCCGCAGCUGCACCCAUGUGCGGAUCUGUCAGGAGUGCAGGAGGAUCCAGAACCUGAGAUCAGGCAGCACUAUAGGAUCAACCACAACAAGAAUACCGCCUCUAUCAGCGCCCCUGCCCAGGCUGCCCCCACCCCCACCCCCAUCCUCAUCCAACACAGACAGUGAGGGCGGAGGGGGGCCCAGCCCAAGGCAGCUACACCACAGCCCCCCGCCUCACACCUCCCGACCCCUUCCACCUCCACAGAACAGCAACACCACAGACCUACUGGGCGACCAGGACUGAGACCAGAAGCAAAGGGCGGGGUGAGGGGGUGAGGGUGAGGGUGAGGGUGAGGGGGCUGCGGUGACGUGACGGAGGAACAUUUGUGCUGCUGACAAAAACACUGCAAAAUUCAUCGGCGAACAAAAGAGGGAGAGAUGGAGGGAAGAAAGGUUGAACUCUGCGAGGUCAGCCAAUAGGAAAUGAGACGACCUUUAAAUGGAGAACAAAGAGGGGAAACUGUGACCCUUUCUCCGGUUGAGCUUGAGGCCUACAGAUGCAGAACUAGCUUGCUGUGUGACGGUCAAAUCAGCUUCUGUAAUAAACUCAGUUAAAACUGUUCAGUUUGGACAAAUCUGAGCGGAAAUGCACAUGACCAGAUGAUGGUUUCCUCUGUCUCUCCUCGCUCCGCCUCUCACUUCACCUUUAGAUUUGGUUUCCUUCCACAGACACUUCCAUGGGAGCUAAACACCCCUCUAGUAACAUGAAGCCUUGUUGGAGGACAUACUGUAUCCGUAUGUGAUUUAAAACAGCAACUAAAAGACAUCCAGAAAAUGAUUUCCUGUUGUUUUUCUUUUCUUUUGUCGUCUUUCUUGUUUUGUUACCAUUGUUCUAAGUGGGAAUAACAGAGUUAAAUACAGACUAGAUGUGACAAUAUGGUGGAUUAUAACAUACUAAGACUGCGGCUUAUUGUGUUGAACAGUUUUGUGUCCCUCCCUGUGACCCUGUAGCUGCUUUUUUUGGAUGGUAUCAGGAAAGGUGGAUGAAACAACUUCAAGACAACAUAAUGCAAAUGGUAGCAGAGGAAACUGUCUGUCUUUACACUGUGCGUGUGUGUAAAAGUGUGUGCUUCCUGUGUGUAACUACUCAAAGUGAGGAGAACCAUGUACCCGGCGGCAGCACCCUUCUACAAAUGUUAGAUAAUCAGACGGCCACAAAAAGAGGAGAAAGAGCAAGAGGCUUUGAAAUGUGGAACGAAUGUCCCUCGUUAUCCCGGUGGAGCACUCGCCAAGCCUUUACUUCUGUUUCACCUCCGUUCACACAGCGAAGAGGAGAUAGAGAGACGGGGGCGAGGCAGAGCCAGAGAGGCGAGAUAGAGACGAGCGGAACGAGAGGAGAUAGAAAAGGAGUGAAAAGGACACCGCUGAAUUUGAAUGAGAAAUCCUUAACUGAACUACUUCCAUUAUUAGAUGUGUCCUGAUCUGUUCGUUCUGGGCAUCUUUUAAGGGGCUUGUUAAUGCGCCAGCAGCUCCAGCUUCUUCCCUUCUCUGUUUAACUGUUGAACAGACAGACUUGGCCGUCCACCGUAGAGACUCCUGCCAGAGUGAUAGACUCGACACAGCCUCGUCAAUACUGUCUCAAGCUUUUGAUCGCCUAAUUACUCCCCUCGGUGGCUGGGGACUCGUUCGCGAGGGGGUUGAACACAGAGAAAACGUGCUGAUAAAUAGAUUUAGAAGAAAUACAUGUUUUUCGCUCCGGCUGGUGAAGAAAACCUCGUUUAAUUACGUUGCUAAUGUUACAGCACGACUGUUGUGUGAGACUCCACACUACACAUAGUGCUUCAAGGGAAUGCACUGGGGGGUUUGCACAUUUUAGGUCUUUAACUUGAAAUUGUGCACACUUUAGAUGAUUGCUAAUGAGUAUAAGCAUACCUUUAUGUUCUUUUAAUAGUUCCAAUCUCCCAUGUAGCCACUGCUUUCACAGCAAGUAAUUGUGGUAUAAUUACAAGGAGCAUUAAAGAAUAAGGCUGGUUUCGUUCCUAUUGUCAUUUAAAUCCAAAAACCACCUAUGAAUUAAUAAAGUGAUCUGACUGGCAAGUAGCUUAUUACUCUUGGCUAUAGACUUCCAUUACUUACUUAGUUAAUUUGUCGGACUUUGCUCAAAACCUUUUCUUUUUUAAAGAAAGUAUAUAUUUGUGCCUAUUUUUUAAGAGAAGAGACGUCAGGAAGUGAUGAAAGAGCAACACAUGUUAGCAGCCUUAUCCUUUAAAUCUGCACUGAAUGUGUUAUAAUGAAGUUAUUUCUUCCAUUAAUGAUUAUAACCUGGGGGCCGUAGUAAAAGAAUGAGGUGUGAAUCAAACGUACCCGUGUGCUGCAGCUGUUCUCUGUGGGACAACACGUCUGAAAGGUUCCCUCCAUCGUCCCAUAGGUUCUAUAUUUUUGUUGAUAUGACAUGAUUAUCGAACGCUGUAUUAGCAUGUUCUGCACUGCAGUUCAUUGACUCAGCUGUUUAUUCAAUCAGUGAUCAAAAUACUCGCAGUGGACUUAUCGACUGAACUAGGAGGCGGUUUAACACAAUCUUAGAUAUUGUGACUAUAUUGUUCUAAAAAUGUAUUUUCUGGGCUGUUGGAGGACGUCCUGCAAUCCAAGAGUUUGCAUCAUCACGCUCAACGUUCCUGCUUAUUGUUUGUCUUUGAUGCUUUGAUUUCCUGACAGCAGAUUUUAUGAAUGUAAAGCUUUUCAGCAGCUGAUUCUCGAAGGUCCGUGUUUCCUGCCUCCUGGACGUAUCAUUUUAUUCCUUUUCUGUAUUUCUUCCCCUGUGUUUUAAAUUCUCCAUAUCUCCACUUGCACCACAGUCUCUGCAGCCCUCUUGACACUCAUCAGUCUCCUCCUAAUGCACAUAAAGUUACCCGCUGCUUCACACUUAACCGAGGAGCUACAUGCCAUCAUGUCAGAACUCAACGAGCAGCAGGAACUCCAUCCCUCACUGGCUUCCCACCCAGCCACACUCAGCAGUAAUACAAAGUGUGCGACGUAAAAUGCAAACCCACCAGUUCAGCCCUUUACAAAUCCCCUGAGGGGAGAAAACACUGGCAUUGUUGUCUGGGCAAAUGUUGCAUUGCUGUAUAGAAUUAUGCAUUUUGCAGUGAAACAGAUUUGUCGACGGUGUUGUGCUCCAGAUCAUGACCGAUAACGUUGUUUGCACACAUUAUGCUGUUUCUCUGAAUGAUUGCUGUCAGCAGACGCAGGCCUGGAUUUGAUGUGUCUCUGUUUACUUCUGUGUGUUCAGAAUGCUGAAUAGGCAACAGGAGCCAAACCCUUCCUACAAGAAGUCACAGUACACACACACACACACAACACACACUGACAGACACACCCGCUCACAACUUCUUCAUUUCCAAUUCUCUUGUUGUCUAAAGGUUGUAAACCCACUGGUUGUUUUUGUUGUUUUCCAAUUUUGUCUCCUUCCUGUUGUCUUGGAUUGUUGUGUGUAAGAAUUCACAAAAGUUGAUAUGUGACAGCAGCACAGAGCCAAUAAGUAAGUGGCUAUCAGCGGCGUGAAGCCAUCAGCUGAAAGCUUUCAGUGUGUGGGGGGGGGGGGGGGGGUACGAGAGGAGCUGAAACAUUGCUGGUGUGAAUAACUGCUAGUUCGAAGGGAAGGGAGGGUCACAAAACAAAUCAGAUGGGGUGUCUGAACAGUCGCUCCUCAACAAACCUUUCUGUUUACGUUUCUGUUCUUUUCUUUGGUAUUUUUUCAUAUUUCUAUACUAGUGCUAAAUGGAUUAUUAAAACUGAUGAUGAAUAUUAUGAUGAAAUUGUUGUUGUUAUUCCUAUUAAAGAGCAAGAGGUUCUAUAGUGUGAUUGUGGGUGACGGGGGGGGCGAAGAUGCUCUUCGGAGAGAUCACCCUGUUGUUCAAACCUAUAGACACACACACACACACACACUUCUUUUGGAAUAAAAGUAUUCAAACAGUC